GACAUUUCUGUUGAUAAGGAUAUCUAUCGAACGUGAUAUUAAAUCUCAAAUGCCAACUAAAGGUGAACUCUGGUAGCGAUAGGUUUUUUGUCAUAAUCAGAGUCCGGCUUCUAAUCUGGGAAGUUUUCUGACUUGUUAAAGAUUAUUUAACUGAGCUCCACAACAACUCUUAAAUUUCUUUAGUUGAGUUUCAGUUUUCAAAAUGAAUGGACGAUUUAAAAAAAAAAAUAUUAUUGGAAAUUAUCAACAAUGCGAUGAUUUGGUCCAACAAAAUGAAGCUACCAGUCAGGGCAUCACCAUCGCUUCAAAGCAACAAUAGAAACAGGAACAACAAUAAUAAUACUGACCAUAAUAUACUCAGAUACAAUGGUUUGUCAAACAAUAACCCUAACCCUACACAAACUCCUUCAACCAAUACAAUCAAUCAGUGUGGAGGGGUAAUGAAUAACGACCAAGGAUCACUUCGAAUUCAACAACAACAUUCAUACGCUCACACUCACACACACAGCCAAAGAUCAUCGUCGUCGCCGUUCUCUUCUUCAACGUCUUCGUCAACAUCAUCCUCAUCGUCACCGCCACCGCUGCCACAGGCAUUAAACGUGACAACAGCAGUUGAACAAAUACCAACCACCAAAACAUCAUCAGUGUCCAUGACAGUAACUAUGUCUAACCCAACACCAACCACGACGAUCGUAUCAGUUGCCAGCGAAACAUCAAACCAAACAGUUUUAUGCUGCAAAACUGAGCCUGAUUUAGACGAAGAAACCACCUUAUCUUCAAAUACAGUAGUGUCAAAAAGUAUCUUAUCACCUUCGGUAGCCAGUGUUAGCAGUUGUAGUGGUAGUGUGUUAUCAAGUUUACCUACAUCGACAUCGUCGCCAAUAGUGGCGCCCAGUUCUUCCAUAUCAGUAAUAAGUGCAGUGCCAGUAAUUGAAAAUUUACAAAAAGAUACCAAUGACAGUUCUUCAAACGUCACUGAUAACAAUAAUGUUAUAUUGAGAUUAAAUAACAAUAAUAACGAUAGUGAAAGUAACGAAAACAUAAUUCUGCUAUCAGCCGGUAACGAUCAUUUGACAAGUGGUGCUAGUGUCGCUAAUCAAAAUAUUCCGAGUGGUUACCGUGGUUCGAACAAUACCGUCAUAAUAUCGAGAAAUAAUUUACAACAACAAUUAGAACAGAGCCAUUCACAGGCUACAUUACAAUACGCCGCCGAUUUGCAACAAUAUCACGCGAGAUAUACGACUAUUUCACCGGCAAUCGUUGCGAAUUUGAGCGAUCACAGUGAUUCUUAUUUGACUUUGAGUAACACUAACAAUAACAGUUUAAAUAUGCCCCCUUAUAAUUGGGCAUACGAUUUAUCCCUGCAUCACAAGGAUUCCGAGAGCGGAAAGCUAAUUGUUGACCAUCAGCAGCAACAACAGCUGCAGGCUCUUCAACAUCACCAACAUACUCAGGAUAUUCUGCUGACGGCAGCUAAUCAAACAGCCCUCGAUCAAAUCAAUAUGCGCAGUAAUUUGGCGCUCUAUUCUCCAUUUGGAGGAAAUGUGUCAGAACAUUUGCAUGCAACAACUGCAGCAACAAUUGUUGAUAACGCCACCCCCAAUAGCAUUGAUGAAGUGAUUCAGGACACUUUGAAGGAUGAAACAUGUUCGAUGGUCGAUGAGCAUCAUAUGGGUGGGGGAGCAGAGAGUAGUGAAACAGCGAGUUAUCUUACUUUGACGAGUGAGGGAGAAUUACAUCAACAUCAUCAUCAUCACCAUAAUAAUAAUCAACAACAUCACCAGCAUCAUCAACAUCAUCAUCAGCACCAGCAUAACAAUUCAGCCAGUAGCGGCGGUGAAUCGCCAAAUGGGAGUGAUGUUGAUAUGCAAAACAAUUACACGCAGCUGACAAAUGCAACGCAUCGUGAAAGCAUCUAUGGCAGUGUGACACCAGAACAUGGACUGAUUCAUCCUGUAAAUGAUUUUGAUUCCUUAAGUCCAAGUCUGACAACUGGUUCAGUCUACGCAAGACCAUUAAUAACGUCGGGUGCGAAUGGUAUGCAAUACCUGAACGGAAGCCCAACCCAUGACGGAUCGCAUAUGUGGUCAAGUACUUCAUCGAAUCUCAUAGUGCCACCAUCAGGUGGUAGCAUCGUAGCUAAUACAACUCCAGAUGAAUACACUAGUUCUUCGAAAAAUAGUGUAACAGGAACUUUGCCUGCAUUCCAGAGAUUAACUUCAACAAGUGGGAGUGGUCAUUUUGGUACAUCGGCUGGUCGAGGUGCAAAUCAAUAUACAGCUCUAACUAGCUACAGAGGACAGAAUGAAUCUAAUAGCUGGCAAGGACAUUAUGAGACAGGUACUGCUAUUAGCUAUGCCACGACACCCGCCACCAUUGCUGGUGUCAUCAAUUCAAAUACGAAUAAUUCUCGUGGUAGAACGACAAAUGAUUCAACACAUCUAUCAGCAUCGGCUUCGUUAUCUGCAACAUUUUUCGAUGCCGAUUUUAUCACUGAGGGGCGUGAAUGUGUCAAUUGUGGUGCCGUAUCAACCCCAUUAUGGCGUCGUGAUAAUACCGGACACUAUUUAUGCAAUGCAUGCGGUCUCUAUCAUAAAAUGAACGGAAUGAAUCGGCCCUUAGUUAAACAACCUAGAAGAUUGAGCGCAUCACGUCGUCAGGGAUUAUCUUGUUCCAAUUGCCAUACCUCACAAACAUCUUUAUGGCGUCGCAAUCCAAAUGGUGAGCCAGUUUGCAAUGCCUGCGGCCUUUAUUUUAAACUGCAUAAUGUUAAAAGGCCUUUAACUAUGAAAAAAGAUACAAUACAGACACGUAAACGUAAACCAAAAGGAUCUAAAAAUGUUGACAAAUCAUCAACUUCGAACAAUAACAACAAAAAUUCUAAUAAUGCCAAUAAUCUUCAGGAUUGCAAAAAAGAAUUGCAAAACUUAACAUCAACGAUUCAACACGCUUCGCACUCUAAUGUCAGCAGUCCAAAUACCAUAACCCCACCACCGACUGCAUUGCCUCACACUCCAACAACCUCUUCAGCUUCGUCCAACCAUCAAGAAGUCAUGCAUGGAACUCCAUCACCAACAAAUAACCAGCAUGACAAUAUGUCUCCAAUGCAUUAUAACACACCGCUGUCAGUGUUACAUGCAUCGUCUCUUGGCAAUAACAAUAACAACACAAGUCAAAAUAACAACAAUAACAAUGCAUUAAGCCCAAAUAUGAAAUACAAUAUGCAAAAGUAUCUAGCAAUUCCAUCAGAUCCUCAACAACAGCAGCAACAAUUGCAGCAACAUCAACUUAUGACAGGAACUCAUCAAAUGUUUGAAAUGCCACCAUCGCCAACUGAACAACAACACCAUGGCUAUAGUUCGACAGAGUCACCAAGUUACUUCUAUGAUCAUCUGUCUGGCGUCGAGCAUGACGCAAACGGUAUAAAGAUCGAAAAUCUUCACCUGCAUCACCAAUCGCAACAGCAUCACCAAGCAUCACAAAUUAUUCAACAAGCGAUGAGCCGAAGUCCAUCCGUUGAAGAUGAAUAUGAACUACAUCAACAACGCCAGCAGCAGCAACAACAGCAACAUCAACAUCAGCAUAUAAUUCAAAUGUCACAGAUGAAUGCAUUUGGUGAGCUGGAAAGAAAAUUGGAACGCACUCUGGAACGAAGUUCUGUCGUCAAAAUGGAGUAAAACAUGACUCAUGACAAAAAUAAAAUUCUAAAAAAAAAAACAAAAAAAAAAAAGACAA